GUACCCUUCGGAAUCGCAAAGUCGGGUCUCCUUAUUUCCCUCGAUAUUCCGUACAACAAACACAGAAACCCUCGAUCUGCGAUGGCCAAAUCCUCCAAGCAGCAGGCCGCCUCCUCCGACGAUGCGCUAUCCAACGGUUCGAAUUCCUCGGAGGAGGAGGAGGAGCCAGUCAAUGACCAGAUCAUGGGAGAGGAGGACGAUGAGGAGGAGCUUGAAGCGGUCGCUCGUUCGGCUGGCGAGGAGGAGGACGAUGACGAGGAUGCCGCUGCCGAUGACAACGCUGAUCAGGCCGAUGAGGAGGAUAGUGGGGCUGAUGCAGAAUUAAGCAAACGUGAGAAAGAUAGGCUUAAAGAACUUCAGAAAAUGAAGAGACAGAAGAUUCAGGAAAUAUUGGAUGUUCAAAAUGCUGCCAUUGAUGCAGAUAUGAAUAAUAAGGGGAAGGGGCGUUUGAACUAUCUUCUGCAGCAAACUGAGUUGUUUGCUCAUUUUGCAAAAGGUGCCCAAUCAUCAUCUCAAAAGAAGGCCAAGGGCAGGGGCCGUCAUGCCUCAAAAUUAACUGAAGAGGAAGAGGAUGAAGAGUGCCUUAAGGAGGAAGAAGAUGGUUUGUCUGGGGCGGGAAACACACGUCUUGUGACUCAACCAUCUUGUAUUCAGGGGAAGAUGAGAGACUAUCAACUUGCUGGUUUGAACUGGCUCAUACGUCUGUAUGAGAAUGGUAUUAAUGGAAUUCUUGCAGAUGAAAUGGGAUUGGGUAAAACCUUGCAAACUAUCUCAUUAUUAGGCUACCUACAUGAGUACAGGGGAAUCACUGGCCCUCACAUGGUAGUUGCUCCUAAAUCAACUCUUGGUAACUGGAUGAAUGAAAUUCGUCGUUUUUGCCCUGUUCUGCGUGCUGUAAAGUUUCUUGGGAAUCCAGAAGAAAGGAGAUACAUCCGAGAGGAGUUACUAGUUGCCGGGAAAUUUGAUGUCUGUGUUACAAGCUUUGAAAUGGCCAUCAAAGAGAAGUCUGUCUUGCGCCGUUUUAGCUGGCGAUAUAUAAUUAUUGAUGAAGCCCAUCGAAUAAAGAAUGAGAACUCACUCCUGUCAAAAACAAUGAGAAUCUAUAGCACUAAUUAUCGCCUUCUUAUUACGGGUACCCCACUUCAGAAUAAUCUCCACGAGCUUUGGUCCCUUCUCAACUUUUUACUACCAGAGAUUUUUAGUUCAGCUGAAACUUUUGAUGAGUGGUUCCAGAUUUCUGGUGAAAAUGACCAGCAGGAAGUUGUUCAACAACUUCACAAGGUUCUUCGGCCAUUUCUUCUUCGGAGAUUGAAAUCAGAUGUUGAGAAAGGUUUGCCUCCAAAGAAGGAAACAAUACUUAAAGUGGGCAUGUCCCAGAUGCAGAAGCAAUACUACAGGGCUUUACUUCAGAAAGAUCUAGAAGUUGUUAAUGCUGGUGGAGAGCGUAAACGUCUGCUGAACAUAGCAAUGCAGCUCCGUAAAUGCUGUAAUCAUCCAUAUCUUUUCCAAGGUGCUGAACCUGGACCGCCAUAUACCACAGGAGAUCAUCUUAUAACAAAUGCUGGUAAAAUGGUUCUGUUGGAUAAGCUACUUCCAAAACUAAAAGAGCGUGAUUCUAGAGUUCUAAUAUUUUCACAGAUGACAAGGCUGCUUGAUAUUCUUGAAGACUAUUUGAUGUUUCGUGGGUACCAGUAUUGCCGAAUUGAUGGAAACACUGGUGGAGAAGAUCGUGAUGCUUCUAUUGAAGUCUUCAAUAAGCCAGGCAGUGAGAAAUUUGUCUUCUUGUUAUCUACUAGGGCUGGAGGCCUUGGUAUUAAUCUUGCGACUGCAGAUGUUGUUAUCCUUUAUGAUAGUGAUUGGAACCCGCAAGUUGAUUUGCAAGCACAAGAUCGUGCUCACAGGAUUGGGCAAAAGAAAGAAGUUCAAGUGUUCCGGUUUUGCACUGAGUAUACCAUUGAAGAAAAAGUGAUUGAGAGGGCUUAUAAAAAGCUUGCACUGGAUGCCCUGGUAAUUCAACAAGGGCGAUUGGCAGAGCAGAAAACUGUUAAUAAAGAUGAGUUGCUUCAAAUGGUGAGGUUUGGUGCUGAAAUGGUCUUUAGUUCCAAGGAUAGCACAAUUACAGAUGAAGACAUUGAUAGAAUCAUUGCUAAAGGAGAAGCAGCAACAGCUGAACUUGAUGCCAAAAUGAAGAAAUUCACUGAAGAUGCAAUCAAGUUUAAGAUGGAUGAUACUGCUGAGUUGUAUGAUUUUGAUGAUGAGAAGGAUGAGAAUAAGUUUGACUUCAAGAAAAUUGUCAGUGAGAACUGGAUUGAACCCCCAAAAAGAGAGCGAAAGCGCAAUUACUCAGAAUCUGAAUACUUCAAACAAACAAUGCGCCAAGGUGGUCCAACAAAACCAAAGGAGCCUCGAAUUCCUCGCAUGCCCCAAUUGCAUGAUUUCCAGUUUUUCAACACUCAGAGGUUAAGUGAGUUGUAUGAAAAAGAAGUACGCUAUCUCAUGCAAACUCAUCAGAAGAAUCAAGUAAAAGACACAAUUGACGUUGAUGAACCUGAAGAAGGGGGAGAUCCAUUGACUGCUGAAGAGUUGGAAGAAAAGGAUCGAUUAUUAGAAGAGGGAUUUUCUUCAUGGAGUAGAAGAGACUUCAAUACUUUCAUUAGGGCUUGUGAGAAGUAUGGGCGAAAUGAUAUAAAGAGUAUUGCUGCAGAAAUGGAAGGGAAAACAGAGGAGGAUGUUGAACAUUAUGCUAAAGUUUUUAAAGAACGAUACAAGGAGUUGAAUGAUUAUGAUAGGAUCAUUAAGAAUAUUGAAAGAGGGGAGGCAAGAAUUUCUAGAAAAGAUGAGAUCAUGAAAGCAAUUGGGAAGAAGUUGGAUCGCUACAAGAAUCCAUGGCUGGAACUAAAGAUCCAGUAUGGCCAGAACAAAGGAAAGUUGUAUAAUGAAGAAUGUGAUCGUUUCAUGAUAUGCAUGGUUCACAAGCUUGGGUAUGGGAACUGGGAUGAGCUCAAGGCAGCAUUCCGCACUUCUCCCUUGUUUCGAUUUGACUGGUUUGUGAAGUCUCGCACCACACAAGAGCUUGCAAGGAGAUGUGACACCCUUAUUCGGUUGGUGGAGAAGGAAAACCAAGAAUACGAUGAGAGGGAGCGACAGGCCCGAAAAGAGAAGAAACUAGCCAAGGGUGUGAACCCAUCAAAGCGUAGUGGUGGAAGGCAGCAGCCAACAGAGAGUUCAGGUCAACUAAAGAAACGAAAGCAAUUAUCAAUGGAUGAUUUCGUGAGCUCGGGAAAGAAGAGGAAGUGACAUUUGCAAACUACAAAUUUGGAUGAAAGCCUCCAAUCAGAAGUAUAUCCUGAUAUGGGGUAUAGUUUGCAUGUUAGACUAUGCUAAAACCCGAUGUCAUUUGAGUACCAAUGGAAGGGCUAAGAUCAUGUGUUAGGUUCUUUUAAGUUGUAUAAAUGAGAAUUAGGGGUGCUAGGCUAUAGUUCUUAGAAGUAUCUUGUUCCGCGUUAUACAAUGAGGUAUAUGUUUUGGCUACUAACGCUCUAAUUUUUAUUUUUAGGUAAUUAUUAUCACAACCAAACCAUGAAUGCUUGGGCAAAUUGUAUUUGGUUAGUUAAUCCAGAAAAAAAUUCAACUCUUGUG